UCACAACAUUACAGUAAAAUAGGAUAUUCGCUGCCUGCCGCUUAUACCGCUACAAAAAAAGAAGAAGGGGAGAUAAAGAAGAAACAACAACUUGGCGUCGCUGGACUUCCGCCACACCGACAACCGGACAGCGACCCUGAAAAAAUGGGUCUGAGCUGAGCGGUGCCCCCUUCCUUUCUUUCCCCGUGUUGUCGUCGGAUUUUACAAGCGACGGGCCGGGCUGGGGUGCAGCUAACGCUAGCACGCUAGCUCUCAGGAGGGGAGCAGACACGGCAAGCUACCGCCGCCCGCGGCCACCCCGUCUCCGGGCUGCUUCUGUCCGCCGCCGCCGCAGCAGGAGCCGCCGCAGCAGCAGCAGCAGCCAUGUUCGUGCAGGAGGAGAAGAUAUUCGCCGGCAAAGUGCUGAAAAUACACAUCUGCACGAUGGACGGCGCGGAGUGUCUGGAGGAGGUCACGGAAGACACCACUGUUGAGAAACUGAAGGAGAGGUGCUUGAAACAUCAUGUGCACGGAAGUCUAGAAGACCCCAAAACACUUACCCAUCAUAAACUUAUACACGCUGCUACAGAAAGAGUCCUCACCGACACCAAAACCAUCGCUGAUGAAAACCUUAAAGACAAAGACGUUUUGCUGCUCAUAAAGAAAAGACCGCCGCCCACCCCUCCCAAGAUGGCAGAUGUUAGUUCAGAGGAAAAGAAGAAGCAAGAAACCAAAGCUCCAGAUAAAGAUGCUAUCCUGAAGGCGACGGCCGGCCUGUCCACGCGGCACACCGAGCGCACCGUCACGCAGCACAACAUCAGAGACUUUCAAACAGAGCUCAGAAAAAUCCUGGUUUCGCUUAUCGAAGUUGCACAGAAGCUCCUUGCCUUGAACCCCGACGCUGUUGAACUCUUCAAAAAGGCCAACGCAAUGUUAGACGAAGACGAGGAGGACCGGGUGGACGAGACGGCCCUCCACCAACUCACUGAGAUGGGUUUCCCUGAAAGCAGAGCCAUCAAAGCGCUUAGACUCUGCCACAUGUCAGUAACGCAGGCCAUGGAGUGGCUGAUCGAACAUGUAGACGACCCCACUGUAGACGCUCCUCUACCGGGACAGGACUCCUCCGCUGCGUCAGGAGCCGCCGCCGCAGCAACAACAACAACAACAACGACGACGACGACGCCGGGCCCCUCGGCUUCAGCCUCGGCUCCAGCCAACGCUCUUCCGAACCUCUCGAGGCAAUCGAGCUCAGACGAGAGCAGCCGGCAGGACGAACUCACGGAGAUCUUUAAGAGAAUACGCAGGAAAAGGGAGUUCAGACCAGACUCCAGGGCUGUGAUUGCAUUGAUGGAGAUGGGCUUUGAUGAGAAGGAGGUGAUUGAUGCUCUCCGCGUGAAUAAUAACCAACAAGAUGCAGCGUGCGAGUGGCUGCUGGGAGACAGGAAACCAUCUCCAGAAGAUCUAGAUAAAGGCAUAGACACCAACAGCCCGCUGUUUCAAGCGAUUCUGGAAAACCCUGUGGUUCAGCUGGGUCUGACGAAUCCCAAGACUCUGCUAGCAUUUGAAGACAUGCUGGAGAAUCCGCUGAACAGCACCCAGUGGAUGAACGACCCAGAGACCGGCCCCGUCAUGCUCCAAAUAUCCAGAAUCUUCCAGACCCUCAAUCGCACAUAGAGCCUCCUGAUUUACCCCCCGUGUGAUUGUGGCAGCUUGUGUGUAUGUAUGACCAUAACGGGAAAUGCGUGUGUGGAUGUGACACAAUUAGUUUACCGGGUUUUCUUUUUUUUUUUGCCUUGUGAAGAAAAAGCCAGAGGAGUUAAAGGUUUGAAUUAAAAUGUUACACUAUUUAUAACAAUACAGUAAAAAGAAAAUGCCUAUACAAAACAAAAUGCUAUUAUUAUUACAGUAAUAAUAUAAAUUGAGAUUUAAUAUGUUGUUUUUACAUAUUAAUGAGAACAAUUUACAGAUAUGACAGACAUGAUUUAUUUUAUGUCAUUUCUCCAUGUGAAGAGAUGACGUCAGGCAUCAAUUUAAUGUUUACACUUUAAAGGAAACAGUUUUUGUAUCAUUUGCAAUAUUUAAAUAUCCUCGCAGUCUUCUCUGUUUCUUUAAAAUGUUGCAUUUCAUCAUUAGUGAAACGUGUGGAGGAGUUUUGUCACUAUGGUGUCUGGGUUUCUACUUUUAUCAUGAUUUUUCUAUCACAACAGAGCAGGUUGUUUGUCUGGGCUGGGCGUUUGGGAAGCUCUUUGAAAACGGGCUUUAGGAUACAGUUCCGGUCAGGAGUUUACACACGCUCGUCGUUGGCAUGAAUGUGCUUUUAAUCUUGUGCUUUUCAUGAUUUAUUUCAACACGUUUCAACACAAGAAUGCCGUUAUUAAAAAAAAAAAAAAAGCAAGAAAUGUGUGCAGAAGUUUGAAUUAUUUGUGGGUUUUCUCUUGUCCACACAGGAUCCCAAAUCAAAAAAAUAAAUACUUGUAUAUCUACAUAUAUGCUCACCAGUAUUUUUAUAUGGCCCUUUGCUGGUUGGGCAUCAACCACAUGCUUUUUGUUGCUAUAAAAGGAGCUUCUAGUUGUAGGGCUGGCUAGAUCUUUAACCGAUCCUCUUGUCAGAACUGGCAGAUUUCUUUGGUUUAGUUGAUCAAAUUGAUUUGGUUUAAUGGCUCAACUUUUAAGAAUGGUCCAUAAAUUUAGUUGAAAAGGUGUCGUGUCGAGGCUUUGGGAAGACCUUUCUAGGGUAUGUUCACCCCUGCCACGUUUGGACCAGAGUUCGUUUCCCUUCUUGGUCCAGACCUUUUAGUUGCAGGUGUGAAUCCGCUCAGGCGAAUCCUGGUCCGGACCAAACAAUCGGACCGACACUCACUCUCUAAGGCGAUCUUAAUCCGCUUCCAGUCGGACUCUGGUGCGGUUCACUUCUGGUGUGAAUACGAAGCGGCCUCGAUCCAAAGCAACUACAGAAAACAUACAUCUUUUUUGGACUUAACAGGCCACCGUAGUGGUGGAUGUAGUACCUGUUGCUUAGCAACGUGCUGUGUUACUCCCUCGGUUUGCUGGACACGGUCUCCGACGCCGUUCCAAAAUUAGAGCUAAAAUGUCCUGAAACCUGAGCUGAAAGAGCUGCUCUGGUCACUUAGCAGCUGUAAUAACGACACAGAGGUGCUGCUUGCAGGAUUUUCAUUGUAGUUUCCUUUCAUGUCUGGUUCUGUGCUACGUCCCGCCCUAGUCAUUUCUGUCCAGUGGGAGCAACGAUCGUCACACAAAAAGUACAAUGUGCAAGCAAACCACACCAAAUGGAGAAAACAAAGGACCUUCCUGGUGUUAAUGCAGAAACCUUUAAAGUAAGCCUGCUUCAAUGGUUCCAAAAGCAGAUUUAAAGUGUUUCUCGACAUUCUAGCUGUUGAUUUCAAAGUUGAAUUUAGAAUAACUUAGGUACAGCCUUCCUCAUUAUUUCAUUCACGUCAUUCAAUGCACCACAGACAGUCGAUAAGCGGCCUUAUUCAGUUCAAAUUAAUUCAUAACAUGUAACUCAUGUUAGUGGGUUUCUUUGACGAGUUGUAGAUGCUGAUGGCUGCAGGCAGGAAGGAUCUUCUGUAGCGGUCGGUCUUACAGCGGAUGUGGAGAAGCCUCUGACUGAAGACACUCUGUUGUUGUACAACAGUCUGAUGAAGAGGAUGCUGAGGGUUGUCCAUAAUGUUCCUUAUUUUAUAAAGAAUCAUUUGCACAACCAUCUCCAGAGGUUCUAGAAGGGUCCCCAGAACAGAGCCAGCAUUCUUUAUAAGCUUCCUCAGAUUCUUUAGGUCAAUUGUUCUGAUGCUGCUACGCCAACGUAUGUCGGCAGAGGAGAUCACGGUCUCUAUGACAGACUUAUAGAAGAUCUGCAGCAUCUUGCUGCCAACCCUGAAGGAACUAAGCUUCCUCAGGAUGUCCAGUCUGCUCUGUCCCUUCUUGUAGACGGCUUCACAGCUUCACCUCCAGUCCAGUUUGUUGUCCAGGUGAACGUUGAGGUGUUUAUACUCUUCCACCACCUCCACUUCUUCUCCCAUGAUGAUAAUAGUGUUGGUAUUAUUCCUGUUUCUCCUGAAAUCUGCGAUCAUCUCCUUUGUUUUCUCCACAUUCAGAAUAAGAUGAUUGCUUCCACACCAUAAACUUAAACUGUGAACAGUUUCAGGCGUCGCUAAUGUAAGUUGUUUAUCGGGCUGUGAUACUGGUUUUGGUUCCUGCAUUGCUACGGAAAAUCUUAUUUGACUCCGUUUAGUUUAACUGUUUGGGUCAAAUGCUUCAAACUUGGACUCUUAAGAGGAUAAUGGUCUCAAACAUUUAAAAUGUCUUAGGGUACAGUUGGCAGGCUGACUUUGAGCUUGUAGAAUAUGGCCUUCCUAAAGACCUGAAUUUGUGGACUAUGCUUCAAAGCCAGGUCCGGUCCAGGAAACCGACCAUUUUUGAUGCCGUUUACCAAUUCUGCCAAGAACAGUAGUCGUAAUAUACUGUCGCUAUUAUGUUAGAAGCUUUUUAAUCGAUUAAGAUGUGUGUUUAUAUGUUUGAACGUGUAUAAAUUAGAGAAAACCCACGAUAGGUUGAAACUUUUACACACAGUCUUUUUUUUUUAUAUUCAUUCAAGUUGUUUGCUGUAUCCUCGUCCCACUGGGGGAAAAAGAACGGUUAAAGAUAAUUUUCAGAAGUAGAAUAUUAAUAAUGACAUCCAGCGUAUGGAAACGUCUGACUGGAGCUGUGCUCUACAUCACCUCUCUCCAUUCACACCCAGAAGUCACUGUAAGCCACGCGCCUCUCCCCUCAAAGAGGAAAACUGUUGUCAUCUGCGAACAUAAACCUUUUUUUUUGCCUUUUCAGAGAGACCUAGUGGUCUAAAAUGUGUCGGUCCUGAUUUUACAAGAGUGUGUCAUAGUAGGCCUGUGUGUUUAGUUGUCGACGUGGACUUGAAUGUCAUUACAGCACUCGUUCACCUCUUUUGAACACCGCUCACUGCAGCACAGACGAAGCCGAAGCAAGGAUCGUCUCCCGACCGAAACGUCUGGAGUCAAGACAGCAAGUCAAAGCUGAGCCUGAUCAAAAUGAUGGGUGGGGGGGGAUUGCAAUUUAAACCUUUAAUUUUAAUCUUUGAAUGAUAACAACGUGCGCUCCAAUCAUGCCGCUAUGGUACAGGCGUCUUUAUACAAACACAGACACACACAGUCGGAAAACACCCGCUGCAGACGGUUUGGUUUCCAGUUUUCUUCUGAGAGCGACGAACUCUUCAUGCUGUCGACCAAACCAAAAUGUUCCUGUAUGUCAUGCCUUGUCACUAGUUCUACCCAGUGGAAGGGGGGGGGGGGAGAAAAUCUGUACUGUGCAAUAGUAAAGACUUCAAGAUAUGUAUCUGAUCUGAGUAUUAGUGAUAUUUAAACUGAAAGGGUAAGAGUGUUUUUACAAUAUUAGCCUUUGCAUUGAGUACUCAAAAUCUCCGGCUAAAAGUUGGAGCUCUGCCUCUUGUAGUUAUACUUAAAAAAGAAAAACCUAUAUGGAGGGUGGUGUUUUUUUUGGGUUUUUUUUUUGCCAAGCUUUUGAGUGUUUUUAUUCUAUAUUUAACAUGUAGUUCUGAUGUGACUUUCUGCUCAGGGAGGCUUAGAUUGUUGUCAUGGCAAAAAAAAAAAAAACCCUGCUCAGCCGAUCUUAAGUUUGGCAUUUCUAAAUGGCUUUAACCGAUCUCUUCAAGAACACAACAUCAAGACAUGCAAUAUUUAAAAAGAAGAUAUUUAAAUGUUUUUGGACAGGAGUGUCUGUUUGAUCUGUGUUUUAUUACAUUAUUUAUAUCAAAGCCAAACUCGUAACUUGGUCUUAUUUCUUGUAGUUUCAGCAAACCUCAAGCCUAAACUUCAAAUGUGGUUACAAAAAAAAAAUAAUGCUUCAAUUGGUGUUUUUACAAGACCCUAUGAAGGUGUUCUUUAUUGUUAUGAAACAUUUUGGGGAAGUUGUGGUUGCAAGGGUAGAGAAUGUGUUGAGAAUCACACACUGGGAGAUUAUGCUUAAAAAAAAAAAAAGGGCCACCAAACAAAACAGUAAAGUUUUUCAGAAAAUUCGCCUGCGAUUGAAAUAAACAAAUUAAGCUUCUUUAAUGUUUACCAGCUGUGAUGCAAGACUGACCCAGAUCAACAACCUAUGCAAUCUAUUUAGUGUCUGUUCAUUCAAACGGCCCCGUGGCUGCUGGCAUCUAGACCACUCUCACAUUAAAGGUCACUUUUUUCCUCA